CUUUUUCUUUUUUUCUUCAUCUACUUUCCCAACCUCAACAAUAAAGAGUUGACUGAUAGAGUCCUCCAUGUCUAAUCCUAUUUGUUACGAUAUUACAAACGCUCCCAUCACUGCCCAUUCGUUUAACCAAAACAAGUUGGUAGUUUGUCCCAAUACUAAUGAUGCCCAAAUCUACGAACAUGGUCAAUCAGCUUGGAAACUUGAAGCUACCUUGAAAGGUCAUGACAAGGUUAUCACAAGUAUUGAUUAUGCUCCCAAAACAAACCGUAUUGUUACUUGUUCUCAAGACCGCAAUGCUUAUGUAUGGACGCAAGAACCUGAUGGUACGUGGAAACCUGGUUUGGUUCUCUUGCGUAUCAAUCGAGCCGCUACCUACGUCCGUUGGUCUCCGAAUGAAGAUAAGUUUGCUGUAGCCAGUGGAUCGCGUUGCGUGGCUGUAUGCUAUUUUGAAGAAGAUAAUGACUGGUGGGCUUCCAAGCAUUUAAAGAAACCUAUUCGUAGUACGGUAUUGUCUUUGGAUUGGCAUCCUAACAAUGUGCUUUUGGCUGCUGGGUCCGCUGAUAUGAAGGCACGUGUGUUUUCUUCUUUCAUCAAAGGUCUUGACAAGAAGCCAGCUCCUACCGUUUGGGGAGAUAAGUUGCCUUUCAAUACGGUAUGUGCAGAAUUUACUAAUGGUCGUGGUGGUUGGAUUCAUGCUGUUGCUUUCUCUCCUUCUGGUGAUCGACUCGCCUUUGCUGGUCAUGAUGCCACUAUCAGUAUUGCUUCUCCUGCUACUGACGGUUCUGGUGUUCAUACAUUGAUGUCAGUGGAAGCAAUGUCUUUACCUUGUCGCUCUCUCAUUUGGGCCAAUGAACGUCAAAUUGUUGCUGCAGGGUUUGAUUGUGCUCCUCUAUUGGUUGAAACAAAGGAUGAUGUCCAUUGGCAAGUAUCAGGUUCUUUGGAUGAAUGCAAAAAGAAGACCACUUCUUCUUCUUCUGUUUUGAACAGAUUCAAGUCUAUGGAUUCACGUGGUCAAACAACUGAUAAGGAUACUGUGUUAUUGACAACCCAUCAGAAUACUAUAAAUGAAAUUCGUGUAUUCUCUGGUACUCGGGAUAACGUGACUCAAUUUUCGACUUGUGGUGUCGAUGGAAAAGUAGUGUUGUGGAAUUUCGAUCCUAGCUUUGUUGCCACUGAUUUAGCGAAUUUGAAACUUUAAAAUAAUACAAGUAGGAUAUAUUGUUGUUGUUUUUUAUUUUUAAUAAUAAACAAAUGAAGCGAGCAUAUUACUGAGGA